CUCCAUGAGCGGCGGCCGGCGCUGCCCGCCCGUCGCCUCCGUCCUGAGGGGGCUCCUCGGCUCCGCUUUCCUCUGCCUGGCGCGGAACAUGAGCCUGCGCGGGGGGCCGGCUGCCUGCCUGGCGGGGCCCUCGAGCGGCGGAGGGGGCGGCAACCGCAACCACUUCGCCGACGCCACCUCCUCCCCCGCCCGCCUCUCGUCCGCGUCGGCCCCCCGCCUGGACCUGCCCUGGCUGCGCCUGCCCGCUGUCCCGGGCGCCGAGCCCUCCCGCGGCAACGACGUGCUGCUCUUCCUGCCCCCGCGCCCGGAGCCCCCGCCGCCGCCGCAGCAUCACGUGAUCUAUUUCCCCGGCGACGUCCAGAGCUAUCAUGAAAUUAUGGUUUGCCAUCCAGAAAAUUUCCAGUGGGAGCGCUGGUGCUUGGAAAACAUUGCUGCUAUUCUCGGCCAUCGUUUCCCCGGCAGUUACAUUUGGGUUAUAAAAUGCUCUCGCAUGCAUUUGCACAAGUUCAGCUGUUAUGACAAUUUUGUGGCCAGCAAUAUGUUUGGAGCGCCUGAACACAGCACUGACUUUGGAGCCUUCAGGCACCUCCACGCGCUAUUGGUCAACGCCUUCAAAACAGCACAGAAUUUUCUGCUAUCUCAGAAGACCACCCAUGGAUUUAGCAAGGAUGAAAAGGCCACCCUGUACAAAUCCCCUGAUGCUCCUACUACCAACGGAUGCCCAGCGGUGGGAAAGGAGCCAGACUGUGAGCCUUUCAGCAACUCAACCAUGAACUUUAUCGAACCUUCUGUCAUCGGCGGAGCAUCGUUCACUUUAAUAGGUUUCAGCAAAGGUUGUGUUGUCUUGAACCAGUUGCUUUAUGAACUCGAGGAAGCAAAACAGGACAAGGACCUUGCUGCCUUCGUAAAAAACAUACAAGCAAUUUACUGGCUGGAUGGUGGUCAUUCUGGAGGAAGCAAUACCUGGGUGACCUGUCCUGACGUGCUGGAAGGAUUUGCACAGACCGGCAUUGCCGCUAACACUCACGUCACACCAUACCAAGUAUUCGAUAUGAUGAGGUCAUGGAUUGGAAAAGAGCACAAGAGAUUUGUACAAGUUCUUGAGGAGUUCGGCGUGAACGUCCACAGCCAGCUUCAUUUUGCUGACGAACCCCCUUCCUUAGAGAACCACUUCAGAGUCCACGAAGUAUUCUGACACUGUGAAUGUAUUGCAGUAUUAUAUCAACUGCAAAAGCACACCUUGGGCUGCGACUUGACAGGCUGAGACGCUGGCUUCUAAACCCUGGAAAGGGAAAGUACUAUAACGUGUACUAAUGUUUACUUUUUUAAAGUAGGACUGGGCUUUAAUCAAAGUCUGUGUUGCAUUUGCACCUUGACAGCCUCGUAUCUAUGGCUUAAAGAUGAGGAUUUUUGUUGGGAUUGGUAUGACUGCUGACGGAAAGCAACACGGGUUUCUCUGAAAAUACUCUUUGUGACGUCAGAGGAAAUGCUGGCUUAAUACUUGCUUUUAACUACGGAUGUAAUUUGUGGCCAAACCUUUACAGCCAGUCUCUAGAAAUAGCUUUCUAGAAGUUCUAGGUGUUCAGGAUCUGGGGAAA